UGAUUAUGAAUGCAAUGAAUGUGGUAAGCUGUUCGUGAUGUCCAACAGUCUUCAACGCCACCAGAGUAUCGAGCAUGGUAACGAUAUGUGGAAAUGCGUCGAGUGUGAGAAGGUGUUUCCAGAACGUCAAAAACUCAUUGAGCACAUGACCAUUCAUCCAUUAACAAAGCCUUACUAUUGCAAAGAAUGCCAUAAGGAAUUUGCAAGAAAGUACAAUCUCAUCAGGCACUACUCCCAGACAGGUUGUAACGGUAGUACUAAAAUGAUGUUUAAAUGUCCCAUUUGCAAGAAAAUUUUUGCAAGGAAAGACAAUCUUCGAGAACAUCUCAGAAGCCAUGCAGGUAACGUGAAAAAGAAGAGGACUUUUGUAUGUGAAUAUUGUCAGAAGGAAUUUCACGGCUCUACUUUACUAAUAGUUCACAUGAGAACCCAUACUGGCGAAAGGCCUUAUCCUUGUGACCUUUGUCCUAAACGAUUUCCUUCAAGUGGCGCAAUGAAGAAGCAUCGACGAAUGCAUACGGGAGAGAAGCCCUAUGAAUGCGCCAAAUGUGGAAACAAAUUUGCGGCUAAAGAGACUCUUAAUCGUCACGUGCGUACCCACACGGGUCACAAGCCGCACAAGUGCCAGUUUUGCGGCAAGGCUUUUAUCCAAGCAGCGCAGUUACGUGCUCACAUCUUUCACCAUACCGGUGAAAACGCAUACACUUGCCCCCAUUGCAACCGGGCCUUCAAUAGGCGAGCGCGCCUCACGAUGCACGUCAAGUUCGUCCAUGAGGGUGCCGAACCGUUACAAUGUAACCAAUGCGAGAAAUCAUUCUAUCGCAAGGAAGAUUUGUCCAGACAUGAACUGCUCCAUUCUGGAGUAAAGCCUUUCGAAUGCGAGGUAUGCUUAAAACGUUUCGCCAUCAAGUCUUCGCUCAAACUUCACCUGUUGACUCACCGCAAAGAGCAGCCAUGCAAAUGCGACGAAUGCGGCCGAGCUUUCAUUCGCCAGGACUGCCUAUUACGACAUAUGCGUGCCAAACAUCGGGACCUUUUGGAAGACAUAAUGGCUGGAGCGGAAAAGAAACGUCUUCAGCAGCAGUUACUGAAAGCGGCUUCCGCGGCCGCGGCGAACAGAGAGAGCGGUUCAUCGUUGUGCGACAAUCGGAUCUGGAACGAACUCACGUUGACUGAUUCUAUCAAAGAACUUCUCACGCUUCUGGUUGACGAGGAAACAUUGCAAGCUUUUGGAUGGCCCGAUGCCCCUGUCGAUAAAAUACUGGACUCAGUAAUCAAACGUUGCGGGCACAAACCAGCUUCUGAUGAGGAUUUCGAUUACAUUGGUCGUUUACGUGAGAACGCAAAGCUCCUAUUUACCGUAGUGAUAGACGACGAAGCUGUUAAGUCGCUGUUAAACAACCAGACGGUCGACGAGGUCAUUCUUCACGUGCUUCAACUGGCCAAAACGGACUGAGACGUACCGGGGGGUUGUUACCCCCCAACGUCCAACAAGUCCUUUACUUAUCCAAGGGGGUGACGGGCAAAAAAGGAAAUAAUGCGAUACUACUGACGAGGUAAACUUUAGAAAUGAAAGAAAUUAUUUUUUUAUCGAUUGCAUCGUCAAUAAUAAAUGACCGAUUAAGUCAUUAUUGAGGAUGUUAUGAACAUAGCAUUGAUAUAUAUAUGUCGUUAUUGAUUCGUUUGUCCCUGCUGACUUUCAUAUUUCCAAUUGCUUUGUUAUACGUUUCUAGAAAGACAAUAGCCGGAUGAGCUUGAGCGAACUACCCCGGAAGUCUCAUAUUUUUUGUACAAGUUCCUAUUAAUGGAAACGAUUUAUUUCCAAUAAUAGUAGACACGAAAUUUCUGUACAGUAUUUACAAAUUU